UUUGAUAGCAUGCCAGUGUCUGUUAUUACAAAAAAAAUAAAUAAAUAAAUAAAAUAUGUCUAAUCUGGACCUUGUAUGUUGAACCUGUUAAUUUUUUGCUUUUCCAUUUUCUAGGUCUCACCUUAGAUGUAUUGUUCUGCAUUUAAGUUUCUCUUUUCUUAAAAAGAUAAUAUUAAAAUUGCUCGUGUUUCUGUUAAGAUUUAUGAAUAUGGAUUGAUGCGAAAGAAAUAUACAUAUAUUUGAGCAGGUUUGAGUCAUGAGUUUCAUGACCAGGUUCAAAAUGUACAAGUAACUUCUGGGGGUUUGAUACAGAUGCUUCUCUUGCUGUUUGGAAAAUAUAAGUUAUUCAAUGAUGGUUAUUUAACUAUAUCUACUUACUGAGUCUAAAGUAACACCCCCCCCCCCCCCCAAAAAAAAAAAAAUGAAACCCUGAGUUGUGAGGGUAGAGGUGAAAAGAUCCUUGUACACAGCUUUACAGCCUUAACCCCUGCAUUUUAACCAAAGGUUGUUUCCUCAAUUUGAACAUGUGCCAUCACCUUUUGGUUACAAAAAAAAGAAAGCAACUUUAUCACUGCUCUAGGGUUCUCCAAAACUAGCUGGAAUGGUUAACGGGGGCACGGCAACUGUUAUUGGAGUAUUUGCAGGCAUGUUAUAUGGCGGUAGCAAGGAGGCAGCUGCUUCUGUUAGCAAGGAUGCAGAAGUAAUGUUGAAACUUGGUAGCACAGAAGACAAACGUGAGCAAUAUCGAUUGAUGAGAGAUGCAAUGGAGAAACGAUUCCUUAGAGUUACGCGAGGCUCAAUAGUUGGAGGGGUACGCCUUGGAAUUUUCACUGCUGCAUUUUAUGGUAUUCAAAAUCUACUUGCAGAGAAGCGAGGUGUGCAUGAUGUUUUUAAUGUUGUUGGAGCUGGAUCAGCCACUGCUUCAGCCUUUGGUUUAAUCAUGCCAGGAUCACUCCAUUGGCGAGCAAGGAAUAUGGCCCUAGGGUCAGUGCUGGGAGCAGCAUUUUGCUUUCCUCUUGGUUGGAUCCAUUUGAAGCUGGUAGAAAUAGCUAAUAAAGAGAAUCCAGCUGCAUAUCAUCAGAGAGAAGUAAAGAGUGGCGUUAGUGCUGCAAUCGAGAGGCUUGAAGGAAAUUUAAGUAAAUGAAAGCUACUGGUAGUUGUGAUGUCCCCCACCCCCAGCACGCCUUGUCAUUUUUAUUUUCUCUGAGAAGUGGGGUAAUCUUGCGAUGGAGAAUGGGGCAAGAACUUCAAAUGGCAUUCCUGCCCUCUUCAUUGGAAAAAAGUGCUAAUUCAAUAAUUUAGUUGACCUAGUUGUGUUACUGAAGGUUUUUCAUGUGAGGGCCAUUUGUUAUUCAGCUAUCAUGCUUUCAGUCUUGGUCUGAAAAGUAGUAUACAUAUUUUUAGAGCGCUUCUGUUUUUGGAUUUCAUUAAUUAUAGUGGCUCACACCCAAAAAUUGAAAAAAAUAAAAAUGUCUUCUAGUGGAGGCAGUAUGAUAUACCUUGUGGUCCAGACAGUGUCUAAGAAUCUAGGCAUUCUGAGAAAGCUGUAAUACAAUCAAUGGACGAGCAGAUUGGGCGAUCCACUUUACAGGUAUGAAAUGCAGAACUUUGCAGUGAUAAGAUGUUUGCUGUUGGUUAGAAGGCUGCCUAGGAGAAAACUGCAUGCCAUCAGAUCCGUGCUGGGCCCUCUUGCUUUGUAUUGUAUUUCCUCUGCAUUUUUUGUCAUCUGGGAAUUUUAUUCCGUUUUUAAAAUGUAAUCAUCUGCACCUGAAUUCAAAUGCCUUUUUACUGAUGAAGUUCCUGUACUAAUUAGGCGCGGCAAAGUUAACUGAUGCUUGGUUUUUUUUUUAGUUGAUAAUUUUUAUUAUUAAUUACAUAAAUUUCAAGAUUUUUUAAUACUUGAUGUUUCC